CUUCUCAAACUUAACUUCCCCACCCUGUAAUACGUGUGUGAAAAAUGGACUCAUCCUUGAAAAAUGUACUAGCGUGUCAUGUCCAAAUAAUAAUCCUUUCCACAUUUUUAACAAUAUUCGUCGUCGACGCUCGUAUCCCAGGAGUUUACACUGGAGGACAAUGGGAAAGCGCCCACGCAACCUUUUACGGUGGCAAUGACGCCUCUGGCACCAUGGGUGGGGCAUGUGGUUAUGGCAAUUUAUACAGCCAAGGGUAUGGCGUAAACACGGCUGCUUUGAGUACCGCUCUUUUCAACAGCGGCUUGAGCUGUGGUUCGUGUUUUGAGCUAAAAUGUGUGAAUGACCCUCAGUGGUGCCAUCCGGGCAGCCCUUCCAUUUUCAUCACUGCUACCAACUUCUGUCCGCCUAAUUUCGCUCAACCUAGUGAUAAUGGUGGAUGGUGUAACCCCCCUCGGACCCAUUUCGAUCUUGCUAUGCCUAUGUUCCUCAAGAUUGCUCAAUACCGUGCUGGCAUAGUCCCUGUCUCUUACCGCCGGGUGCCAUGCCGAAAGAAAGGAGGGAUAAGAUUCACCAUAAAUGGAUUCCGUUACUUUAACUUGGUUUUGAUCACAAAUGUUGCCGGAGCAGGAGAUAUAACCCGAGUAUGGGUUAAAGGUUCAAGGACCGGAUGGAUGAGCCUUAGUCGCAACUGGGGUCAAAACUGGCAAUCAAAUGCAGUGCUUGUUGGUCAGUCACUCUCGUUUAGGGUCACUGGUAGUGAUCGUCGCACUUCCACCUCUUGGAACAUUGUACCAGCUGGUUGGAAGUUUGGACAAACCUUUGUUGGCAAAAAUUUCCGAGUUUAGUUACUAGUGUCAAAUGAGUUACUUAGGCAAGUCGGAUCACAAGUUGAAACACGAGUCGAUUUAAAAAUACGAAUGUUUUAAAGUUUUGAUAUAAGUAGUAGUCAUUGCACCAAACUUAUAAUAAAGUUUUGUGUCCCGAGUGUGAUUUUAUUUUUAAUAUUUAUAUUUAAAUAAAUAGGAACAAAGUUUUAGGGGAGUGUGACAAGGAGGUUUGUUUUAGGGGUUAUCUUUGACAUUAUAUAAUAGAAAUGCUUUGUAAUGAGAGCUGAAGUGGCUAUAAAGUCAUGCCUCAACUCAUGACGGCCCGCGGCUUUCUAUAUCUUUCAUUUUAUUUUAAUAUUAUCUUAUACGAAUCCAAUAUUCUAUUUGUUUUCGUUAA